AUGCCAGGCUUCCUCCACUGCCUCCCCCAGGCAGGUCCCAGGCAGGUGCCCAGGCCCUGGGGCAGUGCUUGCCCAGAUUGGGUGGUGGGCGCCUUAUCCAGGGGUCGCCCGAAGCGCCGGGAGCCGCCUCCUCGGCCGCACGCGCAACGAGCACCUCCCGGCUGCGCAGCGCCCAGAUCCACGCGCGCCCUGGUGGCCUCUUCACUGCGCUCUCACUGCCAAGUCCGGGGGCUGCAAGCUGGAGGCGUGUUGCAGAAGGGAAAGCGGCGAGAUGGCACAGCCGCGAGAGCCGGGAGCGAGCGGGGCCGCCCGAGUGCCAACGCCCAGCGCGCCUCUUGCUUAAUUUGGGCACGGCCUCUGGCCACUCCCUCCGCCCUGCUCGGCCGCCACCCCAUCGCGCGCAGCCCUUUCUCGCCUCCUGGGCACGAUGCCCAGCGGCAGAGGCGCAUUGCCUCGCGAGUCGGGCGGGGGGGGGGGGGCGGGGAACGAGGGCGGGACCUGAGCCACUUCUUCUCUCCCUUGGAGCCACAGUCAAAAGCCUCGGUGGCGAGGGACGGACAGCGCGCUGAGCCCUGCAAAACCCGCCCCGGGCCGGCUGGCGAGCCGAGCUUCCCAGCCGGGCUCCCCAACCCGCGCCGCGCAGGGGACGCGGUGGCCGGAGAGCCUGCGUGUCCCUGGACACGCCGGGGCUCUGAGCGGGCGCCCACCAUGCGCCCCGGGAGGGCGCCAAGACCGCCCGCACUGCUGCUGCCGCUCCUGCUGGUGCUCCUGGCGGCGGCACCCGCGGCGGGCAAGGGCUGUGUCUGUAAAGAUAAAGGCCAGUGCUUCUGUGAUGGGAUGGAAGGGGAGAAGGGGGAGAAAGGUUUUCCUGGACCCCCUGGCUCUCCUGGCCAGAAGGGAUUCCCAGGUCCUGAAGGCCUGCCUGGACCACAGGGACCCAAGGGUUCGCCAGGACUGCCAGGACUCACUGGUCCCAAAGGUGUAAGGGGAAUGACUGGAUUACCAGGAUUCUCAGGUCCUCCUGGACUUCCAGGCACCCCGGGCCAUCCUGGAACUUAUGGUCUUCCUGGUGUGCCAGGAUGCAAUGGUUCUAAGGGUGAGCAAGGGUUUCCAGGAUUUCCGGGGAUACCAGGCUUCCCAGGGGCCCCGGGUGCUGUUGGUUUGAAAGGAGAAAAGGGUGCUCCUGCCGAAGGAGAAGGUAUAGAACUUGAUGGAAAAGGUGACCCCGGGUUGCCAGGAGCUCCAGGAUUCCAGGGUUUGCCAGGCGUUCCAGGUUUUCCCGGACCUGUUGGCCCACCUGGCCCUCCAGGAUUCUUUGGCUUUCCAGGAAUCAUGGGACCUCCAGGACCUAAGGGUCACAUGGGCGAUAAUGUGAUAGGACAAAAAGGAGAGCGGGGUGUGAAAGGAUUAGCGGGACCCCCUGGACCACCAGGAACAGUUAUUGUGACACUGACCGGCCCGGAGAACAGAACGGACCUCAAGGGCGAGAAGGGGGACAGGGGAGCCAUGGGCACAUCUGGACCUCCUGGACCCUCAGGACUGCCUGGAGAAUCUUAUCGCUCUGAAAAGGGUGCUCCUGGAGAACCUGGUCCACAGGGGAAACCUGGAAAAGAUGGUGCUCCUGGGUUCCCUGGCACCGAGGGAGCCAAAGGCAACAGGGGCUUCCCUGGGUUAACAGGUGAAGAUGGCAUUAAGGGGUGGAAAGGGGAUGUUGGCCCUCCAGGAUUUCGUGGUCCAACAGAAUAUUAUGAUGCUUACCAGGAAAAGGGAGAUGAAGGAAUCCCAGGCCCUCCAGGGCCCAAAGGAGCUCGUGGCCCACAGGGUCCCAGUGGUCCCCCCGGAGCUCCUGGAAGUCCUGGAUCAUCAAGGCCUGGCCUCAGAGGAGUCCCUGGAUCACCAGGUGUGAAAGGAAAUAAAGGAGAGCGAGGACCCCCAGGAGAGAGUGCAGUGGGGCCUCCCGGGUCCCCGGGUUGUCCUGGUUCACCUGGCCCUACAGGGUCGCCAGGACCUCCAGGACCACCAGGUGACAUCGUUUUUCGCAGAGGUCCACCUGGAGAUGGUGGGCUUCCAGGCCACGUAGGGUCUCCAGGAAUCCCAGGUGUCGAUGGGCCCAAAGGGGAACCGGGCGUCUUGUGCACACAGUGUCCUUGUGUCCCAGGGCCUCCAGGUCUCCCAGGAUUGCCGGGGUUAGACGGCGUAAAAGGAAUCCCAGGAGGACGCGGAGCAGCUGGCGUUAGAGGAAACUCAGGGUCCCCAGGAAGUGUGGGUCUUCCAGGAUUUCCAGGGUUCCCGGGUGCUCGGGGUGACCCAGGACUUAAAGGAGAAAGAGGUGAAGCAUCUCAGCCAGAGGGACAGGUGGGUGCCCCGGGGGAUCCUGGGCCCCGAGGGCAUCCUGGAAGAAAGGGCUUGGAUGGAAUUCCUGGAACUCCAGGAGCAAAAGGAUUACCAGGACCGAAAGGCGAACUGGCCCUGAGUGGUGAGAAGGGGGACCAGGGUCCUCCAGGGGAUCCUGGCACCCCUGGGUCCCCAGGACCCGUAGGACCAGCUGGACCAUCAGACUACGGACCACAGGGAGAGCCUGGUCCAAAGGGCACCCAAGGAGUUCCUGGAGCCCCUGGACCACCUGGAGAAGCCGGUCCUAAGGGAGAAUUCAAUGUUUUGACACCAGUCCCCGGGCUCCCAGGAUUUCCAGGGCCCCCAGGCCGUGCUGGCCCCCGAGGCCCACCUGGUAUCCCUGGAUUCGUAGGAAAAUGUGAUGAUCCGGGUAUUCCUGGGCCUGAUGGUGAACCAGGAAUUCCAGGAAUUGGAUUUCCUGGGCCUCCUGGACCUAAGGGAGACCAAGGUUUUCCAGGAUCAAAAGGAUCACCGGGUUAUCCUGGAGAAAUGGGAAAGGCAGGGUUACCUGGAGAACCAGGCCUCCCAGGAGCCAAGGGAGAACCAGGACUAGCCAUGCCUGGAGAACCAGGAAUACCAGGUUUUCCAGGAGAAAGAGGCAUUUCUGGGGAAAAUGGAGAAAUUGGACACCCUGGACUUCCAGGUCUCCCUGGAUUUCCAGGAACUGGAGGGCUUGAUGGACCACGAGGGGAUCCAGGGCAACCCGGACCACCUGGAGAAAAAGGACUCCCAGGAAGGUGCACAGAGGGUCCCAGGGGAGUCCAAGGACUUCCAGGCUUAAAUGGAUUGAAAGGGCAACAAGGCAGAAGAGGCGAAACAGGGCCAAGGGGAGACCCAGGUAUUCCGGGCUUGGAUAGGUCAGGAUUUCCUGGAGAACCUGGACCACCAGGAAUGCCAGGUCAUCGAGGUGAGAUGGGCCCAGCUGGUCAAAAAGGAUAUCCAGGAAAUCCAGGAUUUUUAGGGCCACCAGGUGAAAAAGGAGACAUUGGGAUGAUGGGGUUUCCCGGAAACAUUGGAUCUCCGGGGCCUCCUGGGAACCCAGGCACCCCAGGACAGAGGGGUAGCUUUGGCAUUCCAGGAGUAAAGGGUGAGAGAGGACCCCCAGGAGCCAAGGGGGAGGAAGGAGACAAGGGAACUUCAGGGCCUGCUCAAAUAUCCCAUUUACUGGGGGACAAAGGACAACCAGGCCUCAAAGGAUUUGCAGGAGAGCCUGGGGAGAAAGGAAACAGAGGCAUUCCAGGGUUACCAGGUUUCAAAGGACUCGAAGGGCCGCCUGGACCACCAGGACCACCAGGUCCCAGAGGAGAUCCGGGCAGCACUGGGAAUCCUGGAGAACCAGGACCACAUGGCGCGCCAGGAAGCAUAGGGAACAUGGGGGUACCAGGUUCUAAAGGAAUGAGGGGAACUUUGGGACUCCCAGGUCUACCUGGAAGACCAGGCCUCCCAGGUAUUCAUGGUCUCCCAGGAGACAAGGGAGAGCCAGGUUAUUCAGAAGGUACAAAGCCAGGACCACCAGGACCAAAGGGAGAUCUAGGAUUGCCAGGUGACGUGGGAAAGAAAGGAGAAAGAGGGCUACCUGGCACACCUGGACAUUUGGGGCCUGCUGGACCUGACGGAGUCCCUGGACUUCCCGGAAUUCCUGGCCAGCCAGGAAAGCGGGGUCCUGAUGGUGAUUUGGGUUUUAAAGGAAUCAAAGGCUUCCCUGGCUCUCCAGGAAUAAAAGGCCCUCCAGGCCCUCCAGGAUUCCCAGGAAAUCCUGGACCAAUGGGUGUGAGAGGUGACCAAGGACGUGAUGGAAUUCCUGGUCCAGCAGGAGAAAAGGGAGAAACGGGUUUGCUGGGGGCACUUCCAGGCCCAAGAGGGAACCCUGGUGCUCAAGGAGCCAAAGGAGACAGGGGAGCCUCAGGCUUGCCCGGCCUCCCCGGCAGGAAAGGGACAGUGGGAGAUGUUGGGCCACAAGGUCCCAUUGGCAUGGCAGGACCCCCAGGGCCACCAGGUUUUCCUGGUGCAAUCAUCCCUGGCCAAAAGGGAAAUCAAGGUCCACCGGGCUCCAGAGGAAACCCAGGUGAGCCUGGUCCCCCCGGACCUCCAGGGAGUCACGUAGAAGGCAUAAAAGGAGACAAGGGAUUUAUAGGCAAGCCUGGCCCAAGAGGUCCACCUGGAACUGUAGGAGACAUGGGGCCACCAGGUCAUCCGGGACCACCAGGUACCCCAGGUCAGCCAGGGCCCCAAGGUGAUCCUGGAUUCCGUGGAUUUCCGGGCAUGAAAGGAGAGAAGGGUAAUCCAGGAUUUGUGGGAUCAAUUGGGCCACCAGGGCGAAUUGGGCCAAAAGGACUACCUGGUGUACGUGGAGACCCUGGCACAGUUGAGAUCAUCUCCCUUCCAGGAAGCCCAGGGCCACCUGGCCCAGCUGGAGAACCAGGGAUGCCAGGAGAACCUGGGCCACUGGGGCCACCGGGAAAGCCAGGACCCUGUGGGCCAAGAGGUAAACCAGGCAAGGAUGGAAAACCAGGAACGCCUGGGCCAACUGGAGAAAAAGGUGACAAAGGUGGUAAAGGAGAACAAGGACCACCUGGAUCAGAUGGACUGCCGGGUUUGAAGGGGAAACCUGGGUUCACUGGACCACCAGCAACCGGGACAACGAUGAGAGGCUUCAUCUUCACCCGGCAUAGUCAGACCACAGAGAUUCCUUCCUGUCCGGGAGGGACAGAGCCGCUCUAUAGUGGGUUUUCUCUUCUUUUUGUACAAGGAAAUCAACAAGCCCAUGGACAAGACCUGGGAGCUCUUGGCAGCUGCCUGCAGCGAUUUACCACGAUGCCAUUCUUAUUCUGUAACAUCAACAAUGUAUGUAAUUUUGCAUCGCGAAACGAUUAUUCAUACUGGCUGUCAACACCAGCUUUGAUGCCAAUGGACAUGGCUCCAAUUACUGGCAGGGCCCUGGAGCCUUAUAUUAGCAGAUGCACUGUCUGUGAAGGGCCCGCGAUUGCCAUAGCCAUUCACAGCCAAACCACUGACAUUCCCUCAUGUCCCCAAGGCUGGAUUUCUCUCUGGAAAGGAUUUUCUUUCAUCAUGUUCACAAGUGCAGGUUCUGAGGGCGCUGGGCAAGCACUGGCAUCCCCCGGAUCCUGCCUGGAAGAAUUCCGAGCCAGUCCAUCUAUAGAAUGUCAUGGAAGAGGAACGUGCAACUACUAUUCAAAUUCCUACAGUUUCUGGUUGGCUUCAUUAAACCCAACAAGAAUGUUCAGAAAACCUAUUCCAUCAACUGUGAAAGCUGGGGAGUUAGAAAAGAUAAUAAGUCGCUGUCAGGUGUGCAUGAAGAGAGGACAUUGAAGAAAUAAAAAGAAAUAGAACUGUUAUUUUUCAUCCUAAAUAACCAAGUAAUGAUGCAGAACAUGCAUUUAUUUAGGUAUUUUUCUCCAACCAAACAAUAUCACUGUAUGAUGGCUUAGUACAAAGUUUCUAUUUGUUUCGCCACAACAAAGCAUUUCUUUUAAGUUAGUUCUGUGAUCCUGGUCUCUAAAUCUGUGCUAUUGCAAAGUUCCCUAUGGCAAGGCAUCAGACUUUUCACAAAAUAUUACUGAAAUUGUAUUCCACUUGUAUCCAACGCACUAUCCAAAGGGUGACUGUAUAAAGUCUGAUGCUACAAGUGAAGAGCUAUUUGGUCCACUGGAUUCCCAAGAUUUUCCCCCUUCUAUUCCAGUCUUUGAGACUCAGGGAGACUAAAUCCGUUUUAGAUUGCCCCACCACUUGCUUCCUGAACCUUUAGACUCUGGAUAGGAAAGGAGAUAGAGGCAUGUGGAGUCCUAGAGCUUCAUGAACAGAAUUGGACUUUCACACCUGUUGAGGAAUCAAAGGCCUGAGGGAACCAGAACUGAACUGAGCUUCUUAGAUUUUCUGGGGCUCCUUUAAACACACCCAAAACUAAGGCCAAAAGGGGGUUCCCAAAAUGGAAUCAUAAUAGCCUUGGAAAUACUGUGUGAUCUUGUCUUGUAUUUUUUUUAAGAGUUUGUUUGUCCAUUGAAUCCAUUUCACUGCAGCAACAUAGCCUGCUAGUAUUCAAAGUAGAUACAAUUUUUACCCUUAGUGAAUUAAUUUUAACAGGAUAUUUUUACACACAUGCUCUGAAAUGUGUCUAAUUUUAAUUUCUCUUUUACCAGCACACCCACACAAAUAACAGGACAUGACUUGGUACAUGUGCACUUUAUCCCCAUCCCUAUCAACGUUGGUGCAUACCUUAUAUAUUUGAGUAGUUCAGUAAUCCAUGAAAGAAUUUAAGGCUUUUGUUGGCUAAUCAGGCUCAGAAUAUUUUUCCUUUGCUCUAAAUCUUCCAUUUAACCUGGGUAAUUAGAGAUUUAUUUCCUUGUUACUUCUCUAAUUCUUCCUUUGUAAAAGCACGGUUUUUAUAUUACUUAUUCUUACACACCAUAUUGAAAGAGUCCACUACGUAAAAAUCUUAAUGUACAAAUCGUAGCGCUUGGCAGCCGUACAUCUUAAAACUUGCUUUUCAGUGUGUUGAUACAUUCCCAAGGUUAGUUAAUUCAACUUAACAAGCAUUUCAUUCAGUGCCAAGCCAUGCCCCAGGCACUGUGCUAAAUUAUAGAAAUAUUAAGAGAAAAAAAUAAAAAAAGAGACUUGUCUCUCACCUAAUAUCCCAGAAAUUGUCACUUAUCGUUUCUGUUAGGAAUUCCCCAUAUCUGAGUUGUCUUUCCUCCUUGUCUUCCUUUGUCACUGUCCUUAUAGUUCACCAUAGUAAAUCAGCAGGCCUCAAUAAAGUUUAAAAGUAAGGUCUAUGCCCAGGGAGAGCCCAGGAUUUCUAGCUUCUCCUAGGCAUCACAGAUGCCAAGGUCAGGACAAUGUUAAGAAAAUAAAGAUCUGCCAAACAUUAAAAACCAUUUAUAGCUGAUGGUAGCACUAUUUGAUGAGUCUCAGAAGCCAGGCAUCUGAGACAAAGCUCUGAAGAUGCUUCCUGAUCCACCGAGGUGGAGUUGGUGGUACUGAUAUUUACAUUCAGGUUAUUGCUUCAAUCUCAGUUGCUUUGUAAGUGAAGAUGUGACCCCAGGGGACAGCUACAGACUGUGACCGUGGUCUGCAUCCUUCACUGCUCACGCGACUGCUGUCAAGCCACUUUUACAUCUAAACUAAGAAGUGCAUUUUACUUAGAUUAUUUACUUAGACUCACCUACUAUUAAGACUUUUUUGCUCUAAAAAUAUCUUACUGCCCCAAUUGUAGUAUAAUGGCAUAUAGGGCUAGCGGAUCUCUACAAACUCUCUGUAGACCAGUAGUUCUCAAAGUGUGGUCCCUGGACCAGCAGCAUCAGCAGCAUCUGGGAACUGGUCACAACUACAGAUUCUAGGGCCAACCCCAGACCUACAGAAUCAGAAACACUGGGGGUAAGGCCCAGAAAUCUGGGCUUAACAAGCCCUCCAGGUGAUUUCCGAUGUACUCUAAGGACUGAAAAAAACUGCUCUAGGCAAACACCGAAGAAACAAUUCUACAGGUGGUUAGUUACCAGGUGUAACUGGCUACAAUAGCUCAUUCCCUGCCUCUCUUUAAAGUCCAGAGUCACAAAUGACCUAAUUAGAUUAGAUCAUCUAAUCUGACUAAUAAGUAAAAGGGCUAGAUUGGUGCUAAUGUCAAAUGACUGGCCUUCGCUUGUCCCCAAGCCUCCAUCUUCUCUUGCCCUCUAUCAGUGUUAAACUUCCGAGGAAGACAAGUAAUGCCGAAACAUUCAAUUCCAAUGAAGCCAUAUUAACAGUGGCUCAGACUAAGCAUUAAAACAUAGCUCAUGUGCAUUACUUUCCAGAGACCUACGAGUAACUUACAAGGUUAUGAGGAUUUCACUUUGUAGAUAAAAUGUAAAUAACUUGUUUCUUUUACAUUUGGGGCUUCAACUUUGGAAUUUCACAGUGUGCUAAGAUAAUGGAUUUCUCAGAGGUGUCUCUUUUUGCAAGAUAAACAUUAUUAAGUAACUUAUUUAUAAAAGUAUUACAAUGAUGCUAAAUUUGAAUUUUAUUGCUAAUUUAACUUACAAAGAUUUUUCUAUGCAUCAAAUGUAACUUACUGCUACUAAACUUAAUUUAAGAUUUACUCUAUAACAAAAUGAAAUAUAUUUAAAAUAUAUUGAAUAUUUUAUAUUAUUAUAUUCUGACAAAAUUACAAUAUUGUAAUGUACUAAUGUUUCUGUAAUUACAGCUAAAAUCAUAUUUUAUUGUAUUGUCUAAGAAUAAAAUUGAAAAAAUUA